CAAGUUGAGGAUGGACUUCACUUUCUGACCUGAUUCGCAGAGGAACACCGUUAUCAGUGACGAAGUCCAGAGCGGUGUGUUGUGUCAGAUCAAAAACAGGUAGCGGUCCCUGCAAAGAAGUUAAACAAGUGACGGAGACGCCAUGGAAUCACCGAUCCAAAAGAUGAGUUUGGUGGAAAAAUGCAGACUAAAGACCAAUUGGAUAAAAGAAGGGCUCGCCGAAUUCCUGGGGACAUUUAUUCUGAUUCUGUUUGGUUGUGGCUGUAUUGCCCAGUCAGUGCUGAGCAGAGGAGUGAGUGGCAAUAUACUGACCUCUUCUAUCGGCUUUCCAUUCGGCGUUACCAUUGCUGUUUAUGCUACAAUGGGAGUGUCAGGUGCACACCUGAAUCCGGCUAUCUCGCUGUCAAUGUGCGUGCUGGGCCGGCUUCGCUGGCUGAGGCUUCCUGUCUACUGGAUUGCUCAGUUUGUUGGAGCGUUCACUGGUUCAGCAGCAGUGUUUGGCCUUUAUUAUGAUGCCUUCAUGACAUUUAAUGGCGGAAACUUGACAAUAACUGGUCAAAAUGCAACAGCACAGAUUUUCUCUUCUUAUCCGGCACCACAUCUGUCUUUUGCAAAUGGAUUUGCAGACCAGCUUAUAGGAACAGCUGCACUGCUUUUCUCCAUUUUGGCCAUCUUGGACUCCAAAAAUGAUCGUGUUCCCAAAGGUCUUGAGCCAAUAGUGAUUGGUCUCAUCAUCUUGGUUCUCGGUCUUUCAAUGGGCUUCAACUGCGGCGGUUCCAUAAAUCCAGCCCGUGACCUGGGACCACGGCUCUUCACUGCUGUGGCUGGAUGGGGAUUUGAGGUUUUCAGAGCUGGUGAUGGCUGGUGGUGGGUUCCUGUCGUUGCACCCUUGAUUGGGGGCGUCCUGGGCAGUUCCAUUUAUGUUGUCUUCAUUGAGCUUCAUCACCAAGAGACAGUCUUAGAGGAGGUCUGCUGUACUAAAGACCAAACAACUGACGGGAAUACAAAGUACGAAAUGAUUUCUGUCCUGCGUAACAAAUAACACAAAAGAGCCAAAUGACUGAUUCGAAUUCAGUCCGUGAAGAGAAUAUAAAUUUCAGUCUUUUAAAAAAAAGUAUUAUUAUUUACCCUGAAAAAUGAGUUGUAGGAUGAUGGCUAUAAUUUUAUUGAUGGAGGAUUGUUUAACAAUUAUGCAAAUAAUUUUAUUUUCUGCAAUUAAGAAACUGUUUAACAUCCAUAGAGAGAACAGAGAUCAGAGCAAUCUCCAAUUUCAUUUACAAGUGUGUAACAAAGUCUAGGAUAAUAUGUGGAGAAUAUUUGAUACAUGAGCACUAUAUAGGUUAUAGGCACCAUAGAUUUUAACAAUCUUCAUCAGCUGCUUCAUAGGUUCAUGCUGUACAUUAUAAGACCUUGUCCGAUAUACGCAGCUUAUGUCACUCAUACAUUUAUUUAUGCGUUUCAGUAUGGAGCUUGCACUUAGACUGAAGUCAAGCUGAUGAUUAACAUUAUUCUGGAAGUCACACCACCACACAAAAAUAUAGUGAGCCAAUGACCUUACUGAUAAAUGUGUAACACAAAGGUACUUAAGGAGAUGCCAUGUAUUAGAAAGAUUAAUUUACGUUUAUUUCAUGUACUAAUGAGGUCUUUAAAUUGAUUCUUUCAAAUUUCACUUAAAGAUUGAUAUUUAUAUCUCCACAAGCCAAUGCCAAAAUGUUUUUCUAGAUCUUGCUCCACAGAAUAACUAAUGCAAAAUAUGCAUUUGAAUAAAAUUUAUAUCAAAAAAUAAA